UAUUUGCCAUGGUCUUGGCAACGUUGUUUCAACUGUUAACAUUGGAACAAUACCGGGACAAUAUCAGAAAGACAUUUAUUAGGGAAAAUAGUUGUGUAGUGUGAAUGCACUUUUAUUUCAUAAAGAUUAUCCGUUUUUGUUUCACUGCACAUAAUUAUACAAGCCAAAGGAUUGGUGAAUUGCCUGUUAUUUUGUUAAGAGAUUGAUUUUAUGAUUGUUGAAUUGACCCUGCUUUUAAAUAAUUAAUACGGCAAGAGUGUAAAAUAAUAAUAAAAAAAAAACUGAGCAAGAAAACUUAGGAAUACAAAAUCCAAGAAAAUCUGAAAAACAAAUAGUUGGUUUCGAUUAAAACAACAAUCAAAGCGAUAAAGGGAACCAGGUGAACUUGCGUAACAGAGAAAAUGCAGCAGCCAGAAAAAGAAACCACGGAAGAAGAGUCGGUGAAAAUAUCUAAAAAAAGGGUUUUAUCCUGUCAAAAAUGCAAAGAACAGAAAGAAAAUGAGAGAAUGGAGAAAAAGACAGAUGUAAAUAUAGCAGUGCAACAAAAACCUAUUCCGAUACUGGAUUCGAUGCAAUUAAAUCAAUCAAAAUUUAAUACAAUGCCCUCGGAAUGGGAAGAAAUUGCAGAGGAUGAACUUUUGGAAGCAGACAGAAAGUUCGCUCUUCGUUGCAAUGCUGUAAGUAUAGAAAAAAUGUUAAUUUCCCCGGCACAAGAAUUAGUACAAACAGAUGAGCAAAGCGGAGACUGUGAGACAUUUGUUGUAAACCAGGCAAAUAUGGCACUCCAACAAAGAAAUGAGACAUCAACAAAUUUCCCAAAAAUUAUUCCGAAGGCUGACGGUUGGGGCAAAACAUGUGACGUAUCAAAAGAUAUUGUAGAAGUCGGAGAAGAACAAGAUCAACAAAGAGAUGUAGCGUCAAUGGAGGUCUCACAAACACCUACAAAAGCUAGACCAACCCCAGACGAAACGCCAAAUCAAGAACAGGUACAGAGGGAACAAAUGUUGAAGGCUGCUAUGGCUAAUUUUUUUCGUCAGCAAAACCAGAUCAUUGUGCAGCAAGCAGAAAUGCCGCACCAAGAAAAUACAUAUAGUUCUAAUGACUCGGAAGAGAUACAGCUUCAUACAGGAAGAGAAAUCUUAAUUCCCGGAGAAUCGGAAAAUAAUCGUGUACGAAAAACUGUAGAGAAUGUCACUCAAUGCUACUUGGAACACGUAGAUGGUGCACUUGAGAAAUUUCAGGGACAGAAAGUGGAUAAAACAGCGAGUUGUACAGAAGCAAAAGCGAAUGUAAAAACGGAGUAUAAAGCGACAGUUCUUGCUCGUGUAUAUGAUAAUGAACCUGAACCUUCUCAGCCAUCGAAAGGUUAUGUAACUCUUCGUAGACCGAAAUCGGACAAUGUGACUGUUCGUAUGCAGAGAUCGAAAGAAUAUAUAUCUGCCCUUCCUCGGAGAGCGGAUAGUGCAAUAGUAGGUCCUCAGAAAACGAAAGAUUACGUCUCUCUUAUUCCUCAAGAACUGGAUUUGAUUGCUCAUUCAACAAAAACAAAAAACAGCGAGACGGUUUUUUCUGAUGAUUCGUGUGAUGCAACUACUAAGUCUGGAACAACAAAGGAUUAUGUGACUCUUCUUCCACGAGAAGAACCGGCCGUGACUCCACAGCAUUCAGAAACAAAAGAUUACGUUACUUUCCAACGUCCAAAAUCGGAUACUGUGGCUGCACUCACUCCAUUUUCUAAAGAUUACGUGACUUUUAAUCCUUGCAAAUCUCGCUAUUCAGCUAUGGAUCAUCAAAAGACAAAAGAUUACGUGACUGUACAUCCUAGAGAAUUGGAUAAUGCGACUACACGUCUUCAAAAAGAUGGUGAAAUUUUUAUUCCUCAAAGUGAGGAAGAUUAUACAUUUGUGCCAUCUUCCCAACUGAAAGAUUAUGUCGUCAUGAUUCCCGUUAAAAAGGAAGAGAAGGCUACUGAUGUAACUGCAUCUGUUUCAGACGCUCCUACACCAGAGCCACCAACUCAUAUAUUUUGGCCAGUUCGACGUUUCCAAGAGCAUUCACCUGCUCCAGAAACAUCGAAACAAGUACUUGUGUCGGCUGGAUCUUCGCAGAAAGCUGAAUCUGUUCUAGAACAGGAAGCGCAUCAUCAUGAUACGAUGCGAACUCGGCAACUAGAUGGGGAAAACGAUGACGCUCCUACACCAGAGCCACCAACCCAUAUAUUUUGGCCAGUUCGACGUUUCCAAGAGCAUUCACCUGCUCCAGAAACAUCGAAACAAGUACUUGUGUCGGCUGGAUCUUCGCAGAAAGCUGAAUCUGUUCUAGAACAGGAAGCGCAUCAUCGUGAUACGAUGCGAACUCGGCAACUAGAUGGGGAAAACGAUGAUUUUCCACUGGUGCCAUUUGAUGAAGACUUUGAGGAUGUAACAGAAAGUAAUACUCCAAAUGUCCAAAGAAAUAGAAUUUUAAGAGCAGUGUUGCCUUACCUACCAACAGAAAUACAUGGAUUUGUGCAAAGGAUCCGUGAACACCCUAUGCUACAAAGAAAGGCCUUUUUCAAGGAAAAUAUAUCAUUCUGCUACGGCUUGUUAUCUGGUAUUAUAAUAUCUACAGUACUGUUUUUCUUAAUAACAUUUAUAUUAAGUAGAGACGAUACCGGCAAAUCAAAUGUUACCUCUUCAAAUUAACGUGAAAAUCGUUCAGCGAACAUUCCAGUGACUGCCUUUAGACAUAACCGCCAGAAUCAGUCACUGGAUGAUAAAAUUUUCGUUCCUGUGACUGGCGUGGAUAAUAGCACGAUUAAUUUCAAAGUUGAUAUCAUAAGUACACCAGUGAUUAACCUGGAAUUUGAGACCACUACUCUAAAGAACAAUUUGAACGUUUUCAUCACUUCAGUGACUGCUUUGAACACUGAAACCAUUCUUUCGGUUUUGUUAAUGAACUAGUUCACUUUGCCAUUUCGGAAUUGCUCGUUAAUACCACCAUUCCUGUCCAACUAGUUCCAUGACAAAUUUGAACUUUACCAUUUGCAUGACGUGUUUAGAUCUUAACUUUAUAAGCAGAUUCUUUGACUUGAUGGAUUAAUUUAUACCAGCAAUAAAUAAUUUGAAUUUAUAAGAUCAACCAUUUAAUUAAUUUGAAGAGCAACAUGAUUCCUGUGACUAACCUGGAUGUUCACAGACCAAUGUGAGCAUUUGUAUUGCUAUUCCAAUUUCCAUAUUAGAGUCGCUGCUUUUCGAUAGCUAAGUAUGCUAAAGUAAAUUCUUUGGUUUUUGAAUUUAACGUUCAUGGCCUGAUUUGCGACUUUCCAACGCUAGUCCAGUGAAUGAUUCGAUGCUAACUGCAUUAUUUUUCGGCUGAUAUAGACGUUAACAAAAAUUGCUAAUCCUGUGACCGAUGUGAUUCACUAAUUUUGUGACUGAUCUCAAGGGUGAUUUUAAUCAUGAUAUCUGAUCUGGAUGUCUGCUUCACGACUAGACAAUGAAGGGGCUCUUUACAUCCUGAACGAUAGCAUUAUUACUCAAUAUGUAAUAAUUUUGAAGAAAGGCAGAUGACGUUUUUUAAAAAUAUACUAUUAUGUUGAAAAUCAAAUUUUCGGAAAUGCUAUUUUUAUAAUUAAAUGGAUUUUAUUUCACGAAAUUUUUAUAUUUAAAAUUCUUUUUUAAACUUUUGUGUUAAAUGUGUAUACAUCUACAUGUAAUAAAUUUUU